AUGCAGAGUAGCUUUAGUAGAGAUAAUAAGCAAGCGCAAGUACCAAUUUUGACUGAUAAAGACGUAGAUGAGAUAGUAGUAGAGGGUAGUAUGGAAAUGUUUGAUGAUAGAACCUACGAUUCAGAAGAAUCAGGAAGUCAAAACUCCAAUAGUAGUGAUAGAAAUAAUGCAGACUUUUUAGAUCGUGUAGUCGACCAAUUUCAUGGAAAUAGAAGGUUGGGUGGAAUGCACUCCUUGGGUAACGAUGGAGAAGAGACUGGACCAUUGCUUUAUGGGAGUAAUGAAUCACAAAAUAUUAAGAUGUUAUCUAAUAUCCAUAAAAGGCAUCAAAUAAAUAGUAGUGAUCAUGUUAAGAUUGGUGGAAGUAGAGAAUUCUUAGAGGCUUUACAAGCAAAGACAAGAAAGUAUAUUACAUUUGAGAUAGGGCGUGGAUAUAGACGUUGUCUACUACUACAAACAGGAGAACUACUAAGAUUGGUACAUUCAUAUAAUAAGGAGUGUGUAUUACAAGAUACUGUUCCAGGAGCUCUGAAAUUGCGUGAUUUGAGGCAAGUUGUAAGUAUUGGUAGUUGUCAGAGACCUUCAAUAGAAGUUCGUAAAAAUUGUAUACUAGUCAAUGUCCCUCAUUUCCGAGUCAUAAUACUGCAUCAAAAAGUUCUUUUAAUAGACUCUGGAUACUUAAGAUCACCACUAGAGUAUCCGAGUUCUAGUAUAAACAUCAACAAUUCAAAUAAUUCAGGUAUUUUUAACAGAAAAAGUAAUGACUUUAUGAAAUCUCAACUACAAACAACUCCAUCGAGAUAUCCAUUAUCUGGUCAAGAUAUAGAUGGGACUAUUACUGUAAAUUCUACUGUUCUGUCUCCUACUACUGAUGUGAUUGGUUCACCUAAUUCCCAACAUCAAAGACAAAUUGAUAUGUACAAUGAUACAAAUUAUGACAAUUCAAUUAAUAUACCAUGUAAUAAUGGUUCAAGUAAUAGCUAUUCAACUUUUUUCCCCAAUUUUGGAAUUGAAUAUACACCUAUAGAUGGCUUUGCUGACAAGACUAUUACUUCGUCUGGAUACCAAUAUAUUCCUCCAGGAAUUGAAGAUGGUUUUCCACUAUUAAGAAAAUUGGAACACUUAGCAAAUAUUCCGAGUUCAACACCAUUUGAAUGUCUUGUAUUGGAAACUAUUUUGGUUGAAUCGUGUAACAUAAUUAAUAGACAAGUACGUCCUAUUAGGGAUUCAGUAUUAUAUAUAUUGGAUAGUUUUCAGAGUAGAAAUCGUGAAACUAGACGAUUACUAAAUGCAGUAUCAGAACUAAGGAGGAGGCUUAAUGCUAUAGAAGAAUUAGCACAAGGGUUAUUGAAAGCAAUUACUGAAAUGCUAGGAAAUGAAGAAGAUAUGCAGAGAUUAGAAAUUUCUUAUUACUGGACAAGACCCGAAGAUUGGCAAUAUCCAAAAAAUACACCAUAUCAUGAGGAGGUAGAGAAUGUAUUGGAAUGCUAUGCCCAGGAAGUUGAAAUGAUGCUGCAGCAGAUAGCAUCUAUUGGUGAGUCAUUAGAAGAUGCCUUAAAAGUACUAACACUAGAAAUGUCUUCACUAAGGAAUUCAAUUAUGAAAGCAGACUUAGGUUUAUCUAUAAUUGCAACUAUAGUGGGUUUCUGCGGUUUUUUCGUCGACUGUUUUGGUAUGAACCUGAGAAGUGGUUUGGAAGAGGUGGGACCUGCACUAUUUUGGUUCAUUACUUGGGGUUUAGUAGCUCUUUGUGCUGCUGGAGCAAUUGUUGUGUUAACUACAUUCAGGAAGAUUGACUUAUAG